AAAUAAAAAAAUAUAAAAAAAUAAUCAAUAUGUAUAAUAUAUCUAUAAAAAAUAAAAAAAAAAUCCAAUAUGAAGAUGAAAUCUAAAUAAAAAAUGAUUAAAAACUUAGAAAAAUACCAAUUGAAAAGCGUAUAAUGAGCAACCAGCAUUUAAUAACAAUAGAUGGAAUAGAUAUAUAUUUUCCUUAUAGGCCCUAUCCAUAAUAAAUAAUGUAUAUGUCAAAGGUUAUAUAAUCAUUAAAUUAAGGAAAUAAUUCUCUUCUAUAAAGCCCAACAGGGACUGGAAAAACACUCUGCCUAUUAUGUGCAACUAUAGCAUGGUUGAAAAAAUAUAGAGAAUAAAAUUAAGAAAAUAUAGAUAAUGUGCCACCUAAAAAAAUAGUAUAUUCAUCAAGAACACAUAGUUAGAUAUAAUAAGUAGUAAAAGAGUUAAAACAAACAAUAUAUAGACCACGUAUUACUGUUUUAGCAUCCAGAGAUUAAUAUUGUUUGAAAAAAGAAUACUAAAAUUUAACAGAUUGGACAUUAAUUUCUUAUUGCCAGAAAGCUAUAAAUGAACAUAGUUGUAAAUUUUAUUAAAAAAAUCAUGAAAAUCUUGAAGAAAUUUUUUCUACAGAUAUUAUGGAUAUUGAAGAAUUAAGACAAAACGGUUAAAAAAAUGGUUUUUGUCCAUAUUUUCAUUCACGUCGUGUCAAAGAUUGCGUUGAUAUAAUAUUUAUGCCUUACAAUUAUAUAUUUGAUAACUAAAAUGCAUCACCUUUUAAUAUUGAAUUAACAAAUUCCAUAUUAAUAUUUGAUGAAGCACAUAAUAUUGCUAAAAUAGCUGAAGAAUCUACUUCAUUUUCCAUAACAAUAAAAAAUUUAGAAGCCAUAGAGACUGAAAUAAAACUUUUGAGGGAAAUAAUAUAAUCAUAUAAGGACCCUAAUACAUUUCGUUAAAAAAAAGAAUCACAUAAAAAUAAAAUAAAUAAACUGUAAGAAAUAGAUACUUAAGGUUUGCGUUCAUCAAACUAAGAUUGCGAUUUAAUACUCCAACACAUACUACCAUUUAAAAAAUAUUUAUAGAAAUUUAUUGAAAAUAUAUAAAAAAAUCCCGAAAAUAGCGAGACUAUAAUAAGUAAGGAAGGUCGUGAUAUUUUCUAAAUUCUGGAAAAUAAUACUAUUCCUAUUUAAUUAUAAGAAAAUACACUAGAUACAUAUUUUUAAGAAAAUAAUAAUACUUUUUAAUAAAAAAAAGAAGGAUUAAAAAUUACUAAUUUAUAAGAAUAUAUUAAAAAAUUAGUUAUGGCAAUCGAAGAUUUAUCUACUACAUAAAAUUAUGGAUUGGAUAAAUGGAUGCUUUUUUUGAGCAAAGUUUAGAAGCUUUUAUGCGUUGAAAAAGUAGAGCCUGAAAACGAACAGAGUGAAAUUUAUAUGCAAUGUUUGGACCCUUCUGUCUCCUUUUCUUUUAUAAAGAUAAAAAAUCCGCAUUCUAUAUUGCUUACUUCGGGUACUUUGGCUCCUUUUGAUUCUUGGGAGUUAGAAUUGAAGAUUCCUUUUCCAAUUAUUUUGAAUAACUAACACGUAAUUGAUAAUAAAAAGAACCUCCUUGCAGGUAUAUGUAUAAAAGGUCCUUUAGAAUAAGAAUUAGAAUUCACAUAUUAAAAUCGUUAAAAAAAUUUAAUUUUGGAUGAUGUAGGUUUAACUCUAUUGAAUUUAUGUAAAUUUAUUCCAAAUGGAAUUUUAGUGAUUUUUAAUUCAUCUUCUUCAUAUUGGAAUUGUAGAAAAUAAUGGGAAAACGGAGAACAUAAAAUAAUGAAUAAAUUAAAAGAACAUAAAUAGCUUUUCUUUGAACCUAAAAAUUCUUAUGAAAUGAAUUCUUUUAUGAAAAAUUAUACUUAAGCAGCUAAAAGUAAAUAAGGGGCUAUUUUGUUUGCUAUUUGUCGUGGAAAAGUUUCAGAAGGAAUAGAUUUUUAUGAUGAACUUGCUAGAGCUGUUUUUUUAAUAGGAGUACCUUAUCCUCCUUAAUAAUAAUUUUAAUUCUAGUAAUAAUAGUAAUAAUUUUGA